AUGCCUUCAUGGUUUGCUCAAAAUUUGCAAAGGAGACUACUCCUGUACUUCUUGCAAAAAGCGUCGUUAUUCUCUAAUAUCGAUGUCUCAGCUUUGGAUGUUUCUUUAGGGUCAAGCUCACACUUCACCUUCCAUGAUCUUGAUCUAGACGUUGAAAGUAUUAAUAUCCCUGAUAUUGCUCUUCGAAGUGGAUUCAUAGAAAAACUGGAGCUGAGCUUGACUGUCAGUGGUGGGGUAAAGGUUGAAGGAUCCGGGCUGGUUUUUGUUGUCAAGCCUUUACUGACAAACACCUAUCAUCCACAAUCCUCUAGCUUCUCUUUGAGCAAAACAGUUUACGAUCUCGCAAGCUCGGUGAUGCAAUAUAGUGAUAAAGAGAAUACACCAGAAGAAGAUUUAAGCGGAGAAGACAAUAGCAGUGAAAGCGACAAUCGAAGCUACGAAAAUUUCGCCGCGCCAGCACCUUCAGUUCUGCAAUCAAUGCGCAACAAGGCAUUGGACUUAGCUCUUUCAAACUUAAAAAUUCAAUUGAAGGAUGUUACAAUUCAGUUCCUUUUUCCACAGAACAAUGUGUUAGAACUAAGCUUACAAGAGGCACUCGUUCUUUCUGCGAACAAGGCCCGGGAAGUGCAACUGUCGAAUCUUCAGCUGCUUCAUUGGAAGCAAACAAAAAGCCCUGAUGAGGAAGUUGAGUCCAAAACGGACUUGUCAAUGAGCGACUCCCUAGUUUACUCAAAAGCAGAAGCAACUUCAAUAUACAUGAGCGCUUUGCAAAGCUUUCAAGAGCAUGAAAACGAGAGCACUUUUGUUCCACAGAAAAGCGAAGCUUUGAGUUUUGAUACCUUGAGUAUGAAGUUUAGAGGUUUUGCUUCUAUUGAUGAUUUGUCUAUUAGCGAUAUUGCUAUUGACUUCAACGAAUGCAUCAUUGAUUUACCAUUACUACUAGAGCUUAAUGAAUCAAUAUCUCUGCCACUACUAGCAAUGUUUUCUUCGAAAUUUCACAAUAACAUUUCAGAUACCGCCAAAUACCAACCUCAGAAUCUGCAAAACUACAAAAGGUUUCAAAAUGAGCAGGACAUACGUGAGGAGUCUUUAUUCUCUAAUUUGAAAGGCUCCAGCGCCAUUAUCAAACUUCCUGGCCAACUAAAAGUUCGUUUGAAGAGUCUGCUCGUUAAAAUAUGUGAAAGCGGAAUAAUGAGCUCAACUUUGGGGGAUAUUUCCGUCCUUCAUCAGGGCUUUCCUAUUUUUACUCAUGUUCCUACAGUACCGCCUUUUUUUUCCUUAAUGUGCAUCCCAGGCGCCCGAAAGAUAGACAUUGCUUUACAUCAUGACAUAAGCGUUGUUUUGGACGUUCAUUCUUUAACUGAUAUAUUCAGGUGUGUGAAAAGCUUUGAAAAAUGUAUGGCUGCGUGGCAGCAAGCUGUGCCCCGAAAAUCACAGCCGCGGGGCGUUAAACCCAAGCCAUAUUCGAUUGGAAUUGAAAGUGAGACUUGUCAUUUAGAGUUGCGACUCGGAGAAGGCACGUUAAACGCAAACUUAAGUGCAUUUUCUGUGCCGAAUAUUUUCGAGAGCGUGUCAUUGAACUCUGUUGAGAUGAACAUGAAAAAAAACGCACAAGAAACGCCGCUAGUCAGUAUAGAGAAUAUCAAACUGGUAACACCUGAGAACCCAAUGCAAUUUAACUCUUAUGAUCAUGGAUAUCAAGAAAUAGUUAUUUCUUCGAAGUGCUGUAUCAACAUUGAAUCGAUAAGAGCUGAAGUUCCCUUCCUGGAGCUGGAAUCUUUGUCUUUGGAGGUUCAAAACCUACUAAAGAAGGUUGUGGCAAGUCCAGAUAUUAAGCGCUCUGAGUACAGCCCCCGCAAAAGCGGCAACAGGCAGCUAAAAAGGAGUGUGAGAAUUCUGGGUUCCUCUUCAAUAAUAAGCAAGCAGAGUUCUACGGCGCAAUAUGUGAUACAGAUUUGCACUGUUGAUAUAUGCUUGAAGGAUAUAUUAGGGCAUGAUUUCGGCGACCUUCGAGGACAUUUGAGCGACUUUUUUAUUUAUAUGGGCACCGAUCAAAGAUUCACUGCCCAUUCUAAUAAGCUAUCUAUUAAUCGGGUUAGCCUCUCUCAGGGUGAAUCGCUGGUCGACGUUCUUCUUGUCAAAAAUGAGCAAGCUCCUGUCUUAAUGGUCCACAAAAAGCUUACCGGAAAGAUUUGUUGUACCCUAAGAUCCGUUUGUUUACGAUAUGAUGCUCACAUUCUAGACUUGCUCAAAAACAGAAAAACUUCCAAUGAUUCGGCAUCUCAAAUUCUUCCAAAGCCGGCUGCUGAAGUUAAGCAGAAUACUACAGUUCUUGAGUUUAAAUUGCUUGAGUGCUCCAUUUCCCUGAAGCCAUACAGGCUGAAGUCCUCGGUUAUUUUAAUAUUGAACAAAGCUUCCAUCGAAUUUGUCCUUCCAAACUUUAGAAGCAAGGGAACCCUGAAGGCAUGCUAUAUUUUGUUGAUAGAUGACAUUUCAAAUUUGGUUGAUCAACCUGGUACGAACUAUCCGAGCCUCUUGUCAUUUUACACUGAACGCGGUUUUGCAAAUGUCGGAAAGUUUGAUAAGAUGACAUUGUCAUUGACAAAGUCGAGAAAUACCAUGGAGAUUCGUGCUGAUGUGAAUUCAGUCUCCUUAUCUCUGUGCGCGGACUCAGCACAAGCUCUGAUUCAGACAAUCAUUGACCUAGGUGUUCCUUUGACUUUCCCUGAAGACCAAAAAUAUAGGACGAAACCAACACCCACAGAUAUUUUGGAUGAUAUAGAGAACGACUUCUUUACAGAGGCAAAGAUUCAAAUAAAUCCCAUUUCCACAAAAGAAGACCCAAUCUCAAUAUUUGAUAACUUUUUGGAUAAGUCCCCUGAGGUUGUAGAUACAGAUUCAAACAUGCCUGCUGGGGAAAGCGGGUCUCCAAAAUUUGGGGAUCAACGUUUUAUGGUCACUGAAGAAGAUUAUUUCUCAUCCAAGGGUUGUUAUCCUGUGCAAUCAAUACCUGAGGAUCCAGAUGUGGAACUUUCAAUCGUUUUUGGGGUUGAAAAUGUCUCUCUAAAACUAUAUGAUGGUUUCGACUGGAAGUACACAAGAAACUCCAUAUCAGAAAUAAUUUCUCAGAUGGAGAGUGUUUUGCGGCAACAAGACUUGAACCAAGACCCAGAACUAAUCAAAGCUUCAAUUUUUGAUUCAAUAUACCUAUUCGCCGACAAAGGCACUGAUGUUGACUCUUUAAGGCAGCACAUUAAUCGAGAUUUGCAAAGCGAGCCAAGUGUCUUCGUCAAAGGUUCAUCAAAAAAGACGCGGUUGCGGCCUUCGCGCGACUUCAAAGUUCGCAUUGGCAUCUCUGGCAUCACAGCAAUUUUCACCAAGUUUGUUGUCGACGAGCCCACAGAAUUCACGUCAGACUUAUCUGCUGAUACGCUACAUGAUGUCAAGCUUCAGGUACGUGACAUUGAAGUUGUAGACAAUGUCCCUUCUUCAACUUGGAACAAAUUGCUAACAUAUCUCAAAGACAAACCCCGGGCAAAAGGUUCCGAGAUGCUCUCUUUGAACAUUCAAACAGUGAGGCCAAUUGACUUCCUUGCUGCGACAGAACUUAUCAUGUAUGUGCAUGUCCUUCCACUUCAGGUCCACAUUGAUCAAGAUACUUUAGAAUUUUUAACAAGAUUUGCAGAAUUCAAGGAUUCCCGAUUUGAAUUAAUCGAUGAAUUCCCUGAUUUCGUUUACAUUCAAAAACUUGAAGUUGAAGCAGUACAAAUAAGGAUGGACUAUAAGCCGAAGAAGGUGGAUUAUUCCGGAUUGAAGUCGGGGCACGCAAGUGAGUUUAUGAACUUUUUCAUUUUAGAGGGUUCAAGGUUUCAAUUACAACAUCUGAUAGUGUAUGGUGUCAAUGGCUUCCCUGAGCUUAACAAAACUCUCAACAAUGCAUGGUUACCGGAUAUUACCGGUAAUCAAUUGAAAGGAAUACUUAGCGGUGUAGCACCUAUGAAGACCCUCGUUACUCUUGGAUCAGGCGUUAAGGCACUUGUAUCCACCCCUGUUAAGGAAUACAAGAGAGACCAGAAGUUAGGCAGGGGCCUACAGAAAGGCACCCAAGUUUUUGUCAAAGUUACUACGGGUGAGUUUGUGCGGCUUGGGGUCAAGCUUGCUUCUGGCACGCAAGCACUGCUAGAAAAUGCAGAGGAGUUAAUGGGAGGGGAGGGUUCGCGUGCACGGGAUCACAGCAUUAAUGGGUUUGAAUUUGAUCUCGUUCCUGAAGAAACUGUCAAGCAGUACGAAAAGCUGAUGGGAGGCACCAACCCAAGUCAUAAAGGCCGCGUUUCAGAAGCAAUAGUAGUAGAACCUCCAUCAAACGAGAAGGAGCCCCCCAGAAUUUUCAGUUUGUAUGCCGAUCAGCCAAAUACUCUACAAAGAGGUUUGAAGGAGGCUCAAAGCUCAUUUGGAAGGAACAUCCAAUUGGCCUACGAUGCGUUAAAAAAGGCUCAGGGAGAGAUCAAAGAGAGUGAAAGUGCUCAAGAAACUGCUUCUUCCAUGGCGCGUGUUGUUCCUGUUGCUUUAAUAAGACCCAUUAUCGGAGCUACUGAAGCUCUUUCUAAAACAUUACAGGGAAUCUCGAACGAGAUUGACGAGGAACAAGUGACUUACUUGCAGGACAAGUACAAAUCAAGAAGACCCAGAGAAACCUUGUAG